GGCGCGCGGAGGCGGGCCGGCCGAGGAGAGGGGAGGGAGGGAGAGACAGGGAGAGGGCGGCGCCGGCAGGUUGGCGGCGGCCGCUAUUUGAGCGCAGGUCCCGGGCCGGGCGCUCAAAGCGCUCGGAGCCAGCGCGGCGGGGAGACCGGAGCGCGCAGCCCGCAGAGGAGGCGCUGCGGCCGGUGCCAGCCCCGGAGGCCCCCGCGCGGAGAAGGAGGUGGAGGAGAGGCCGGCUCACCGCCCGCAGCCCGCCGCCCGCGCCCCCCCCCUCCAUCCCGCCGCCGCCGCCGCCGCCGUCCCCCCUCCCCUCCCCGCGGCGCCGCAUCUUGAAUGGAAACAUGGCGGUGCCGGCUCGGACCUGCGGCGCUUCUUGGCCCGGCCCGGUGCGGACCGCGCGCCCCUGGCCCGGCCGCGGCCCCCGGCCCUGCCCUGACCCCCGGGGCCCAGCGUCCGGGCCCGCGCGCCCGCUCUCGCUUUUGCUGCCGCCGCUGCUGCUGCUCGUACCGCUGCUCGCCGCCCCCGGCGCCUCUGCCUACAGCUUCCCCCAGCAGCACACGAUGCAGCACUGGGCCCGGCGCCUGGAGCAGGAGAUCGAUGGUGUGAUGCGGAUUUUUGGAGGCGUGCAGCAGCUCCGAGAGAUCUACAAGGACAAUCGGAACCUGUUUGAAGUACAGGAGAACGAACCACAGAAAUUGGUGGAGAAGGUGGCGGGGGACAUUGAGAACCUGCUGGACAGGAAGGUGCAGGCCCUGAAGAGACUGGCUGAUGCGGCAGAGAAUUUCCAGAAAGCCCACCGUUGGCAGGACAACAUCAAGGAGGAAGACAUCAUGUACUAUGAUGCCAAGGCUGAUGCCGAGCUGGAUGACCCUGAGAGUGAAGAUGUGGAGAGGGGAUCCAAGACCAGUGCCUUAAGGCUGGACUUCGUCCAGGACCCAAACUUCAAGAACAAAGUCAACUAUUCAUACACGGCUGUGCAGAUCCCCACGGACAUCUACAAAGGCUCCACCGUCAUCCUCAAUGAGCUUAACUGGACGGAGGCCCUGGAGAACGUCUUCAUCCAGAACCGUAGGCAAGACCCUACGCUGCUGUGGCAAGUCUUCGGCAGUGCCACAGGGGUCACCCGCUAUUACCCAGCCACACCGUGGCGAGCCCCCAAGAAGAUUGACCUGUACGAUGUCAGAAGACGACCCUGGUAUAUUCAGGGGGCCUCGUCGCCCAAGGACAUGGUCAUCAUUGUGGAUGUGAGUGGCAGCGUGAGCGGCCUGACCCUGAAGCUGAUGAAGACGUCCGUCUGUGAGAUGCUCGACACACUCUCUGAUGACGACUACGUGAACGUGGCCUCCUUCAACGAGAAGGCGCAGCCUGUGUCAUGCUUCACACACCUCGUGCAGGCCAACGUGCGUAACAAGAAGGUGUUCAAGGAAGCUGUGCAGGGCAUGGUGGCCAAGGGCACCACGGGCUACAAGGCCGGCUUUGAGUAUGCCUUUGACCAGCUGCAGAACUCCAACAUCACUCGGGCUAACUGCAAUAAGAUGAUCAUGAUGUUCACGGAUGGGGGUGAGGAUCGCGUGCAGGAUGUCUUUGAGAAGUACAAUUGGCCCAAUCGGACGGUACGCGUGUUCACGUUCUCUGUAGGGCAGCAUAACUAUGAUGUCACACCCCUGCAGUGGAUGGCCUGCACCAACAAAGGUUACUAUUUUGAGAUCCCUUCCAUCGGAGCCAUCCGCAUCAAUACACAGGAAUACCUGGAUGUGUUGGGCAGGCCCAUGGUACUGGCAGGCAAGGAAGCCAAGCAAGUGCAGUGGACAAACGUAUAUGAGGAUGCGCUGGGGCUGGGGUUGGUGGUCACAGGAACCCUCCCUGUCUUCAACCUGACACAGGAUGGCCCUGGGGAAAAGAAGAACCAGCUGAUCCUGGGUGUGAUGGGCAUCGAUGUGGCCCUGAAUGAUAUCAAAAGGCUGACUCCCAACUACACACUUGGCGCCAACGGCUAUGUGUUCGCCAUUGACCUGAACGGUUACGUGCUGCUACAUCCCAAUCUCAAGCCCCAGACUACCAACUUCCGGGAGCCUGUGACCCUGGACUUUCUGGAUGCAGAGCUAGAAGACGAGAACAAGGAGGAGAUCCGUCGCAGCAUGAUUGAUGGCAACAAGGGCCACAAGCAGAUCAGAACAUUGGUCAAGUCCCUGGAUGAGAGGUACAUAGAUGAGGUGAUUCGGAACUACACCUGGGUGCCUAUAAGGAGCACCAACUACAGCCUGGGGCUGGUGCUCCCACCCUACAGCACCUUCUACCUCCAAGCCAACCUCAGCGACCAGAUACUGCAGGUCAAGUUGCCAAUCAGCAAACUGAAGGAUUUUGAGUUCCUGCUCCCCAGCAGCUUUGAGUCUGAAGGACAUGUUUUCAUUGCUCCCAGAGAGUAUUGCAAGGACCUGAAUGCCUCAGACAACAAUACUGAGUUCCUGAAAAACUUCAUUGAGCUCAUGGAGAAGGUGACCCCAGACUCCAAGCAGUGCAAUAACUUCCUUCUGCAUAACCUGAUCUUGGACACAGGCAUUACCCAGCAGCUAGUGGAGCGUGUGUGGCGGGACCAAGAUCUCAACACGUACAGCCUGCUAGCCGUAUUCGCUGCCACUGAUGGUGGUAUCACACGUGUCUUCCCCAACAAGGCAGCCGAAGACUGGACAGAGAACCCUGAACCCUUCAAUGCCAGCUUCUAUCGCCGCAGCCUGGAUAACCAUGGCUAUAUCUUCAAGCCCCCACACCAGGACUCCCUGUUAAGACCACUGGAGCUGGAGAAUGACACAGUGGGGGUCCUCGUCAGCACGGCGGUGGAGCUCAGUCUAGGUCGUCGAACCCUGAGGCCUGCAGUGGUGGGGGUCAAACUGGACCUAGAGGCUUGGGCCGAAAAGUUCAAGGUGCUUGCCAGCAACCGUACCCAUCAGGACCAACCUCAGAAGCAGUGCGGCCCCAGUAGCCACUGUGAGAUGGACUGCGAGGUUAACAACGAGGACCUGCUCUGUGUCCUCAUUGAUGACGGAGGAUUCCUGGUGCUGUCAAACCAGAACCAUCAGUGGGACCAGGUCGGCAGAUUCUUCAGUGAGGUGGAUGCCAACCUGAUGCUGGCGCUGUACAAUAACUCCUUCUACACCCGAAAGGAGUCGUAUGACUAUCAGUCAGCCUGUGCCCCUCAGCCUCCUGGCAACCUGGGCGCUGCACCCCGGGGUGUCUUUGUGCCCACCAUUGCAGACUUCCUUAACUUGGCCUGGUGGACCUCUGCGGCUGCCUGGUCCUUAUUCCAGCAGCUACUCUACGGCCUCAUCUACCACAGCUGGUUCCAGGCAGACCCGGCAGAAGCCGAGGGCAGCCCUGAGACGCGCGAGAGCAGCUGCGUAGUGAAGCAGACCCAGUACUACUUCGGCUCGGUGAACGCGUCCUAUAACACCAUCAUCGACUGCGGAAACUGCAGCAGGCUGUUCCACGCGCAGAGACUGACGAACACCAACCUUCUGUUCGUGGUGGCCGAGAAGCCGCUGUGCAGCCAGUGCGAGGCGGGCCGGCUGCUGCAGAAGGAGACGCACUGCCCAGCGGACGGCCCGGAGCAGUGUGAGCUGGUCCAAAGACCUCGCUACCGGAGAGGCCCACACAUCUGUUUCGACUACAACGCGACGGAAGAUACCUCAGACUGUGGCCGCGGAGCCUCUUUCCCUCCGUCGCUGGGCGUCUUGGUCUCCCUGCAGCUGCUGCUCCUCCUGGGCCUGCCGCCUCGGCCGCAGCCUCAAGUCCACUCCUUCGCUGCCUCUCGCCGCCUCUGAGCGACUCACACACACACAUCACACCCCCGCCUUGGCCUCCUAGCCUUUUCGCUCACCCUCCCAUCCCACAUCUCCCAAUCUAGCGCCUUGGCCACUUCCUCACUGAAGGACAUGGGCCCCUUCCCCCCAGAGCCUGUGCCUUGGGGCAGGGGAGCCCCAAAGUAGGGUGUCAUGGUGUUUGGCACUCAAGAUUUAUCUCACCCCGAACUGUCCAAGUGCCCGCAGACCCUGGACUCAUCCGCUGGGACAGGAGGCCCCAAGUACUGGUGCCAAACCAGGCCUCCACCGACCAACCUGCCUGGAGACUUCCUCAAUAAGGCAACCCUGCCUCUGCUGGGUGCCUCUAACCUGACCCUCUGGCCCCACCCAAGCCCAAACUUACCUUCUCUGGGGGGAAAAAAAGAAGGUGAGAUGGUAGUGGUGAGAGAUUCUGGGGCAGCCCCCCACAGGCUUCUGGCCCUUUCAGGCCUACAACCACAAACCCACACCCCAGCCUGGCAGCAGGUGUCAGGGCAGUUCCACCAUGGCAUCGGUUUAGACACACCCCACACACCUGGACCCCACCAAGAGCAGACACUAGACUCUCACUAGAUACACCCCAAAGGGAACACACUAGCAGACACAGACACACACCAUAGGGGGUGGCCCACAAAGCCUUACACAGGGCAAGAGGUCAGUGAGAGCGUUGGCCUGUGCACUCCAUCUCUGCCCACCUCUGCCUGUAUUCUGAGAUGCAGCCUGGCUUGUCCUCCCAUCUCUAAAGCUGAAUGUCAAACAGUGCCAAAAUGCUGGGGGAAGGCCUCUCUGUCUCACCUCUAGCCGCUGUGCCCCCCCCAAGUGCCCCUCACCCUGCCAGGUGCUCAUUGUAACCAUUCCUCACAAGUGUCAGGCUCCUAGCAGGACCACACACCACUGCCUAAACCCCUCUGGCAGACAUUGCUCUUCGCCUUAGCAAGGGUGACUUGGUCUCUCCUGGCUGGGCCAUUCCCCCAACUACUCAAUCUGGUUCCUACACACUCAGGCCCAACUCCCUCUGUUCUUCUCACACACACACACACACACACUCUCACAUACACUGACCCUAGGAGGCCGAAUUACCCCUCUCUUGCUAAACACACACACAUACACACACACAGUUGCACCAUGCAUGCAUACAAACACAUCGCACACACAGAGGCUGGGCCUGGACACAUCUCUUCACACCAUUCAUUCUUGUCAUUUCUCCCAAAGGCAUCCUUACCUGGGGGCCAGUCGGGGACCGAGGGCAGGGGUGUGUAGCCACGAGGCUCAGAAGGACCGGGAGGAGGGGGGAGGGUGAUGCAUUAAUUAAUGGCUUCAUUAAUUAAUGUCACGUUGCUUGUUGCUUUUUCAGUGUGUAUGUGUGUGUGUGUGUGUGUGUGUGUAUGUGGUCCAUGCCCGAGGCUGGUGACAGGGUGGGUGUCCGUGACGUGUGCCCAGCCUCAAUGUCAGCUGAGUCCUGUGGGGGCGCGUGUGUAAACUGUAGUGUAGUCAGGUGCUUAAUGGAGAAUAUAAACAAACAAACAAAAAAGAAACAAACGUAUACGGAAAAAUAAAUAUAUAUUUUAAGUUUAAAAACAAACAAAAAGACCAGACAAAACAAUCCCCAUCAGGUAGUGUCCAACCCCCAGCUGGGCUCGAUCCUCUCAUCACCCACCUGACCUGGCUGUCCCCUCACCUUGGGCUGGGGGACUUGGGGGCCAUUUCCUUUUCUUUGCCCUUUUUUUUUUUUUCUUUCUUUCUUUGGGUUGUUAUUCUAUUUUGUACAGACAAGUUGGGAAAACAACAGCGACAAAAAAAAAAAAAGUAAGAAACUUUGUAAAAUAUUGUGUGUGUGAUUCCUUGUAAAAUAUUUUCAAAUGGUUUAUUACAGAAGAUCAGUUAUUAAAUAAUGUUCAUAUUUUCACUUCAAACAGUUUCCAUCCACUGUAUGGGCCUUGGGUUGAGGACUGGGUAGCUGUGACCAUGGGUUUCCAUAACCUUUGAGUAGCACCCUGCUCUGUUGGGAGGAAAAGCCUUGCGGGCCUAUUCCUCAGAGGUCAAAGGGCAUUAUACACGGCUCCUACCCUUGAAAAGUACUUUGUUUCAUAUCAAAUCACAAGCAUCCAGGAGAGAAACUGUCCUCAAGGGGGGAGGGGUGUGAAAACCCACCACCCAGCGCCCAAGGCAAAACCAGGACUCCAAAAGAAAGAGCAACGAGAGAUGCUCAGCGGUGUGAUCAGACCAGGACGGGACAAUCGGAUCUUUUCCCUGGAGCAACACAACAGACGCUAGUGCCCACACACCGCGAGGAUGCAACAUCAGCCCACCCAUCAGCAAGUGGAUGCAGGGAGGGCAGAAGCCAGGACAGACCUGUGUGCGUGUGGAGCCCUACAUAGGUCAGGCUGUGUGUGUGUGUGUGUGUGUGUGUAGGUCUUCCUACAUAAUCCAGAGUGUGGAGUCCUGGAGUGUGACCUCCUACAGAGGUCAGGCUGGGAGGCGGGGGACAGGAGGCAGCAGACUAGGUCUCCCUCUAUAGGCCAGGUGUGCGAGAGGGGAGAGAGGGGUGGAUAUUCCAGGCCUCAGGCACGAUUAGGCUUCCCCUGCUCCUCUGCAGGAGCUCACCACAGAGCAAUUACUCUCCUACCCCAGAACAGCUCCAGUGCCUUGAAACAACAUACACAGUUGGGGCCAGGUCGUCCGCUAAAGCGCAGUCAGUUCUAGUUUGAGGGGAACUUUGGUGGUUUCUUUUGCAAGAGUCUCCAGUAGACCAGCCUGGCUAUAUCCCUAAGGAUGGCCUUGGACCUCUGAUCCCCCUGCUGCAGCCACCGAAGUGCUGGGAGUACAGGCCAGCACCACCACCGCCCAGACUCUGAUACAUUUUUAACAUUAGGGUUUUGGUCCUUGGUUACUAUCACUCACGAGGCCCACUGUCAGUUUUGAGAGUACAUCCCUUUAAUCUCUGCUCUCACUUUGCUCUGAAUAAACUUAUUCUUGCAUCUUUGGA